AUGAGAAAUGAUUCGUAUCGCAUUAUUUGGUAUAUAAGACAUGGUAUCGAAAUACUUAGUCAGCCCAUUGUUUCUGUUCCACCUGUUCCACCUGUUCCCUGUUCCCUGUCUUUUGUUAGACAUGUCACUAACAAACAGCACUAUCGUAUCCUGUCUAACGCCUGUGUUCCAAAAAAUGUAUCCCCGUUGUCCCUUGUGCUUGUAAAACCAUUUAACAUGCGUUUCCUUGGUACCUCUGCCUUUGAACUCCCUUAUAAAACAUUAAUAAUAUCAGCUCAUGUUAUCCUCUGUAUCUAUCUGCGAAAUUAUCUGUGUUCCUUUCCGCUACCCGAAAGAUGUCCCAAACUAAAUAUGGCCGUUCCCAAGCAAACUUUAUUUUCAAAAACAAAUCGCUCGAUUUCCCCCACCUACGAGGAUCUGUUCAAUACACCAUUACUAGAACCAGACUCCAAAGCAAUGACAACAUUAGAGCAGCAUUGA